UAUCAAAGUGUUUGUACUGGGAGAAGGCAGAAAGGAAUGGAGGAGCUUUAUACCCAAGGCGUCUGGAUGGCCGAAGGUCUCCAGCAGAGGACGAAGACUCAGGAGAAAUUCUGGCUUACGGUCACUCAUAUGGGAGACCCUAAAGCAGCCUUUUUGCUCGUCUUUCCUUUUACUUAUUUCAUCAACAGGAGAGCUGGGGUAGCGGUGCUUUGGAUGGCAGCUAUAUCGGAGUGGUUAAACUUAGUGUUCAAAUGGUUGCUGUUUGGAGAGAGGCCAUUCUGGUGGAUCGGUGAAUCGCGUCUUUUUGUCAACAAGCAACCGAAAAUUCACCAGUUUCCGUCCACCUGUGAAACAGGCCCAGGCAGUCCGUCUGGACAUGCGAUGGUGACAGCAGCAGUCUGGUGGGUCAUUGUGUCCUCGCUGGGGUCCUUUCUGUACUCCCGUUCUCACAGUGUUCUCUUAUCAGCUGCUCCCUACGUCCUCUAUGUGGUGAUGCUUGUUGCAGUUGGAAUCUCCAGGAUCUUUAUCCUCGCACACUUUCCUCAUCAGGUCGUUGCUGGCUCCAUUACAGGUUUCAUUCUGGGGAUUGUCCUGAGCUGCAGAGUACCAGAAGGUCGCCCCCUGCUGUUCUUCUUUAGUUUAAGCUUUGGGCUGCUGUUCGGAGCUCUGAUGCUCCAUGCUGGAUUAAAGCAGCUGGGAAUUGACCUCUCCUGGUCUAUUGCUUUGGCAAAGAAAUGGUGCAGCCAUGCAGAAUGGAUUCGUUUGGACACAGCCCCAUUCUCCUCUCUCACCCGAGACUGUGGGGCCCUGUUGGGUUUGGGGCUGGCACAGUACUGGAAGCCUGGUGGAUGGUCUCUACCUUGGGCUCCCAGAGCUUUGUCUAUGGCUGUAUCAUCCAUGGGUCUUUACCACGUGAAUCGUCUACCGCUCCCGGUCCGACCACUGGGCCUUUUCUACAGCCUGUUCUUCGUCAAAUUCGUCCUAGUGCCUCUGAUCGUUAUGGUACUUGUGCCUGGGCUGGUACACCUAUUAACAUUCAAAAAAAGGAAAGACUAGAAGAGGUCCUCCACACAUGAUGUGCACCUUAAACACCUCCCAAAACUGGAGUUUCCUUCAGAGUUUGUAUAAACACAUUUAAUGUUUAAUGUUCGCUGCGUUUCAGAACCAUUUUGAUGGGUAUGGGUUAAGUUUAAUUUUCACGUCUUAAAAUUCACUAAACAAUGGCCUUUUAUCCAGUCUGUGACCUGUGUUUUUCCUCUUAUUUGAUGAUUUUAAAAGUGCCGGUAUUGAGACAUUGUGGCGUAAAGUAUGUCUCUAGUGAAUCUAGUGCAAUCAUAAGUGUUGUAAAUACUACAGUAUUUUUGCUAAAUAUCGACUUUAUUGGGAAAAGUGCAACUUUGUUUAUGUGCAUUUUGUGUUGUUUGAAUCUUUACGAGUCAAAGAUUGUUACCGAGGUUUAAAACCUCAGAUUUGCGACUAGUGAAAGGCAAAGAAUUUGAGCAUUGUGCAAAUGUCUGAUGCUCAGUUUUGUGUUGUUGCUUUGUGACCGAAAAACUUGAAAGCUACAUUCCUAUGUUAUUCCCAAAUCAGUAAAAAAAUAAAUAAAUGAUUGACAUGCA